AUGACUGUUCCAACAUUGACUUAUUUCAACGGCAGAGGAAAGGCUGAGAUCAUCAGAUUGAUCUUGACAUACCUAAAGAUUGAGUUCAAGGAUGAGCGUCUUACCGCUGGUGUCCCAGAGGAGCUGAGAGCCAGACUUCCAUACGCCCAGGUGCCACUGUACCAGGACGGCGAGAUCACCUUGGCCCAGUCGGCUGCCAUCAGCAGAUACAUUGCCAACAAGCACAACUUUGCCGGCGCCAACGCCGUCGAGAAGGCUCUGGUCGACGCCGUCGUCGACAGUGUUGCUGAUGUCAUCGCCCCAUUCCGUGCCGCCACCGACGACGCUGCCAAGCUCAAGUACAAGAACGAGACUCUGCCCAAGUUUGUCGGCCGCUGGGAGGCCAACCUCAAGGCCAACGGAGGCCAAUACUUUGUCGGCUCUGGCUACACCUGGGGUGACCUGUGCAUCUACUACGGACUGUUCUUCCUCCACUCCAGCGGCUUGGCCGAGGAGCUCAAGCAGUUCCCCACCCUCUCUGCCUUCUACACUGCUAUCGAGUCCAUCCCCCAGAUUGCUGCCUACCUCCAGGCCCGUCCAGUCACUGCCUUCUAA